AGGACUCUAAUCCGCACUACUUCUCCGCUGAAAUCACCGAACACUCUCACGAGUGGUGUUUCCGAACGCAGCCCUAGUGUCUAACUCCAGUGAUCUCCAAUAUAAUGAGUACAAACGUUUUGGAAAUUUGAAGCAACUUGAACAGAUUUUGUGAUUAAAUAUAUUUUUAAUGGAAAAUCUCUUUACAUCUUGCGUAUUUUUGACGCGGGAAGGCAUUUUAUGAGAUAGUAUAAACGAGACUGUUGAUCCUACAUCUAAUACUGCCAUAUGAGCCAAUUAUGCAUAGUCGUUUUCAUAUCUCUAUUAUAAUUCUGUUUAUAUAUGUCUUCCUCUUUCAUCUGUUAUACUAAAUGUAUCUGGAAAAAUUACUCAUGCUGGAUUAUAUCUGUGUUUUAAUUUUCAAGUUAUAAUCCGUUAAAGUGGACCCGAGUUCACUUCAGAGUCGUUCAGAGCAAUAUCAGUAGUUCACUUCCUGUUCUACAAGCCACUUCCGGAAUUUCUCUACCGUAACCCAAAGAUACCCAGGUCUGCUCUGAAAUAGACCCAGGACAGACAAAACGAACAAAUCUAAUAUAGCUGCGACGAGUAGACAGAAGCCUUGAAAAGAAAUAUGUACCCUUACCUAAUGUAAUAGGAAACUGCUGUUAUUUGUCAUCGUUUUGACAUCUGAAUGAUAUGUUUGAUGUUAUUUUGAUGUCAAAACGAUGACAAAUAAUUUAAAAUUUGGUGAAAGCGAGAAAAAAGAUUUUAGUGCAGUCCAGUGCAGCAAUAAAAAACAAACUUGGAGAGAGAUUGGCCUUUCCUUUAUUGCUAUUAUCAUCUUUCUCUCGCAAAAGAUUUGGUUUUUAUAUUUUUUACUCUGUCUUACGCGGUUAGCUAAGCCUUAGCUCAGUUUGUUUACCUAUUGCUUUAUACAUUUACAUUAUGAAAUGGUUAGAUACGUGACUGUACCAUCAAAGGAGAAAAAAAAGUUGCUUCAAGAAAGUAAAACUUUUAUAGUUUACAAAAAUGUUCAAUAAUUGGUGCGACAUUGGAAUUGCUACAAGAGGCAUCAACAAAUUUAAUAAAAAAAAUCGCAUCUAUGAGUAGCAUUUUCCAAAAGAUGAUAUUCUCUGAGGAGAUAUUUUUUAUAUGCUAAAUGGUGUAUCUAUUAUGAUAUAAGUUAAAAGAAGGUAUUGUUUCACUUUUUUUUAGCUAACAUUAUCGUACUGUUUUACAAAUGGCAUUCGUCGAUAAGAAUCCAUUCUGUUCAGUGGACUGCUUCACAAUUGAGGGUCACAAAUCGAGGCCACUUGUUCUGCUUGUGCGCUCAAGUUGAGUCUUCUCUCUUUCUUGAGGACAUAAUGAUACUGGAUUUGAAGGAACUAAAAUGAUGAAAAUUUAUAUAUAUCUAUUUAGAAAGCUUUUAUUUCUCGAAUAAGGAUCAUUCUCAGUGCACAAGAAGAUGAAUAAUCUCUCCGGACAAUUCCGCAAGACGACAUGGGAUCCCAUUCUCAUAAUUUCCCAGAUAAUCGCUGUGCAAACUGUCAUGUAUCUUUGUCUGGGAUUCUGGAUCUGGAUUGUCGCAUCGAUGUUAGGCUGGACAAAAUCAUUGGAUUACGUCUUUCAGUAUAAAGAGAUACAUGUUCGUGAUUUUGGAGGACAAUUAGUUAUUGUUAUGUUUGUUUUAAAUGCCUUUGUGGGUGCAUUCGCGUUAUUGUGGCUAGUGCAAAGAACGAAAUUAUGCAUGGACUUUGCGUGCACGGCUCACUCGAUUCAUCUGAUUUGUUGCUGGGCGUACAACGGAACUUAUCCAACGUCUUUCAGUUGGUGGUGUUUAAAUCUCGUAUCGUUAAGUAUAAUGUGCGUCUGUGGAGAGUUCCUUUGUAUGAGAACAGAAUUGCAAGCGAUACCUUUAAGUAUGAAUAAUCAAAAGACAGCCUUAUGAAACGUGAAUGCCGAUAAACAUUUGUGAAUUGAAGAAAAACGAAGCUUAAAUAAAUCUUUUCAUUAUAUAUAUAUUCUUUUAUUGUCAGUGUUAAAAUUUUUGUUAUGAUGAAAAUAAAAUUUGUUGAAACAAUAA